AUGGACAGGUUGAAGGCGUAUGAGAGAGCACUGAGGACUUGGUCAAGAUGGAUAGACAAAAGAGUGGAUACCAACAAAAUUAACGUCUUUUUUCAGGGUGUUUCUCCUGAUCACUGGAACGCAAGUAAUUGGGAUGCACAACAGUGUUGGGGACGACAACAGCAGGCGGCGGAGGGUGGAGGAGGGUCGGAUCAGGCGGACAUUAUACUAAAGAAGGUGCUGAGGAGCAUGAAGAAGCCGGUUCACUUGCUGGACAUCAAUAAUAUGUCGGGGUUUAGGGCUGACGGCCACCCUUGGGUUUAUGGGAACCUUAGGAAAAUAGGCAUCGACUGCACACACUGGUGCCUUCCAGGGGUCCCUGAUACCUGGAAUCUACUCCUUUAUGCUACUCUUCUUACACUUUGA